ACUUCGCUUACAUUACUCGCCACGGCCCUCACUCAAAGGAGCUCCCGUGCUCAGCCGGCCAAGAGGUCAGGUGCCGGGGCCCGUGAUGGUCUGCUACUACGAUCCGGCGUGGUCCAACGAUACCGCACGCGGCGCCUGGGUCUACCAUCUGUCGCAGCACUUUCACGCCGAGCAGUGCACCCACGCGGUCUUUGUGGCCGCUGAGUACGGUAACCGCGGCAUCGUGCUUCCUGGACACGUCUCAGAGUCCCUUGCGAAUUUUCUAAUUCUGCGACGGCCAAGUCUCCCCGUGCUGGUAUCCGUGAUGGUACGAGACGUCGCCGAAGCAUCUUCAAAUUGGCAACAAUUUGCCCAGGUUGUUGUCGACUGGGCCAUAAAGAAUGGUUUCGAUGGUGUGGAACUCGAUAUGGCCGAAGGGACAGCUGCACGCGGAUAUGACGCUCUGGCCCAGGCUUUAUCAAAGCAGAUGGCAGUGGCGACGCAACUUUGGAUCCUGAGCGCAAAUGUCUACAUGACGCCCAGCUUUUCAAAGCAAGUGGACUUGCAGGCGCUGCACAGGGUAGUCGACUUUUUGGUGCUCAACACUCAAGGCCUCUCGCUGGAUGAUCAGGUUACAUCAGCCCACUCGCCACUUUACGGGAAAAAUUCGUGGAACAGCACCCUUGGAAUGGUGUACGCCCGCACGGGAUCUCUGUCUCGGCUGGUGCCCACAGUACCGUUCAUGUCGCGAGAGUUCGAGCUCAGGGAAAAGUUGCCCAGCCCUACCAGCGUCUGCGCAGGCAUCGGCUGCCGAGGUGUGGCCGCGAAAACCCAGUACCACUCUUCGCCAGGCGUCAGAGCCUUCUUCGAGGUGUGUGAAACCUUAAACGAUACAUCGUGGUUGAAGGCCUGGCAGGAAGACGAUUACUAUUUCAUGGAGUCUAAAGAACGACGAUUCAUCGUUCUGGAAACAAGGGAAAGCAUCACUUGCAAGAUGCUAUUCGUUGCUGCCCACCGCUUGCUAGGCGUGGCGCUGAAGCAACUCGGUUUGGACGCUUUCCGAGCAUCGCCAGAGUGUGGCCCUCGGGACACGCUGUUUGACGCCGUGGACACCCAGUUCCGGCAAUUCCAACGCAGUGGAGACGGCAAGCUGCAGUGGAUGACUCCCCGCGUGCGGCUGACCGUGGUGCACGAGAGUGGAAGGACCAGCUGUGUUGGCAUCGUCUAGCCAGAUUGUAGCUAACCACAGUCGCGUUGUUUUAUGCUUUUUAAUAAUUUUUAGGGACUCCGUAUUGCUUCUUGUAGCACUUGAUAAACUUUGAAUAUUGAGCUGAUAUGUACGAUUAUGACGAAAGUGCGUUGUUCGCGUUAUCUGAAAUGCAUGUAAUAUUUUUUUUUCGUUCUCGGCGCUUGAAAUGAGUAUACUAUGAAUAAACGCUUGCGAUGGGUGUUUA